AUGGCCACCUCUUCAAUGCCCUUUUUAGCGGCUUCUAGUGACAUCAGUGCUACCCCGGCUAAACCUCGCCAUUGGUCGCGUAGCAUUAUCCCUCUCCUGGUUCUGAUACUUUACCUCCGUGUCCUUCACUGCUACAAACGGCAGAACGACUGUUCAGACUUUGACCGAUCCCAAGAGGCGGGCAUCUCUAUUCAAACGUCCGGCAGUAAUGAUGUGAGCCGCGCACACUACCUCUACUGCAUAUUUGAGCACCGUCCGCGCCAUUGGUCUCAGUGCCUACCCAAGGCCCGCCCAACUCGCACCAUGAUGGCCUCACUGCAGGUCCGCGGCCCGGACUACUCGGCCACCAAGCAAAAGGCGUUUGAGGAUGCCAAGAAGAUGCAAAAAGCAGUCAUUGAGUCCUGCAACAAGUCCGGAAAGGAGAUUCCCCAGUAUCAGCUGUCUGAGCUCAUUGGCAAGGGCAGCUUUGGCCGUGUCUACAAGGCCAAGUCUCUCGCCUCGGGGCGCCUCGUCGCCAUCAAAAUCAUCGACAUUGAGGAGAGCGACACGGUCAAUCCCAAAUUGGCCGACACGUACAGCGAUCUGCUCAAGGAAAUCAGCGCGCUGCAGCGACUUAGCGACAGCGGCGCCAAGAACAUCAACCAUGUCCUCGAAGCACUGCCUGUCGGGCAGUCCAUGUGGAUGGUGACCGAGUACUGCGCCGGAGGCAGCGUCGCCACGCUCAUGAGACCAACUGCACCUGGAGGCCUGCAGGAGAAGUGGAUCAUUCCCAUCCUUCGCGAGGUCGCCGAGGCCAUUCACUGGGUGCACAGCCAGGGCAUUAUUCACCGAGAUCUCAAGUGCGCCAAUGUUCUCAUCACCGAGGUUGGCGACGUGCAGCUUUGCGAUUUUGGAGUUGCCGGCGUUAUCGAGACCAAGUUUGACAAACGAACAACUUUUAUUGGCACACCUCACUGGAUGGCGCCUGAACUUUUUGAUGAGCAAGCGUCGUAUGGUGUUGAAGUCGACAUUUGGGCUUUUGGUUCCAUGGUCUAUGAAAUUGCCUCUGGUCUACCUCCAAACGUGGCUUUUGGAAUGGAUUUCUCCAAACUAGGCACACAUUUAAAGCAGCAUUGCCCCCGUCUAGAAGGGGAGUACUCUGCGGGUCUUAAAGAUCUAGUUGCAUACUGUUUGCAGCAUGACCCGAGCAAGCGGCCAACUGUUGAGCAAAUACAACGCCACAGAUAUAUAUUGAACACUGAGAAGGAAUAUCCCACAACAAGCCUCGCACACUUGGUCCGGGCUUUCAAGCUCUGGGAGGCUCAGGGUGGCGACCGUCGGUCACUCUUCUCAGCCGGCGGCGCACAGGGUCUGGCCGACCUUUCACCCGCCGCCAUGGCAAACGAGGAUUGGAACUUUAGCACAACAGCAGCCUUUGAUCAGCAGGUUCUGAACGACGGCGACGCGCAGGAUGUGUACGAUGUGUACGGGUCAGACGUCGAGUACGCACAACUCGAAUUCGACACGGCCAAGCCGCAGAAGCCAAAGUCGAGGCGCCGGCCACCUCCACAACAGCUUGCUGCGUUCAAAGCGCCCCUAGAAAAGAUUUUCGAUCCAAACACACUAUCUAACUAUGAGGACAAUUCAAGAGCAUACUAUGGACGAAUGUUCCAGCCGCCACCUCCACAGCCAGCGACAGGGGUUGUUGGCAACGGAUCAGACUUGCCAUUGCGAGACGAUAGUGUGCAGGCAACGGACGUGCGAGAAUCCCUCAUCGAUCUGGAUGCUUCGCUACAUGGGAGCGACCUAUCGCAAUUUGUCGACAUGACCACUAUGCGUGCUGGUGAGGCGCGGCCCGGCGACUCACGCGUAUCUCUCGACUACGAAUUCAUUGACUCUCAUUACACUCCAGGCCCUCUCAGCGACCCUGCCGACCUCGGCGCUAACAACCGGAGGACGCAAGACUGGAAGUUCCCAACCAUGGCCGCGCCGCCUGCAUCGGCCAACCCCGAAGUGUUUCGCUUCCCCUUCAACAAUGUCCCUGCCGCGCCCGACUCGGGCGGCAGCGGGCGACCAGCGCUGGUACACCGCCCGACAGAGCCCGUCCUACCCUCUGCCGGCUUCCACGACAUGGCCGUAGGCGUGCACGGGCACUUUGACAACCGCGCCUCGGUCGGCUCGCUGAUUGACCUCGACAUGAGCUUCGCCGACCCCGUCAUGGACGCCACGCGGCCCUCGACGUCGCACUCAGACGUGGGCUCCAUGAGCGGCUCCGAGAUGGGCGGGCCCAACAACAACCCCUUUGAGCUGGAGAAGCACGCCUCGCUGUACACGAUGCCCGCCGGCUCGACGCGCGAGCCCUCCAUCUACGUCUCCGACGGCUCCGAGUUUUCCUUCACCGGCGGCCACGAGUCGAUUACUACCGUCGACGACCGCUUCAGCAUGCACAAGCGCGAAGCCUCUACCUCGAGCGACCGGCCGACCGCCAACGGUAGCGGCGGCAGCGGCAGUAUGAGCACUAGUGCAAGGCCCUACUCCCUAAGUGACUUUGCCGACACGGAACCCGAGUCCACGACGCCUCCACCGCAGACGGCUCUCGUCAGACCCCAACAAACCGGUGGCGGCGGCGGCUUCCCGUCCUCGCACUUUCAGCCGGCCGCACCGCCGCUGCCGCAGCCGGCGCCGCAACAGCAGCAGCAGCAGCAGCAGCGUCAAGAGCAGCGCACCCUCUCGCAAAGCUCACUGACCGACUCGACGUCAGGGCUUCCCGCGCUGCCCGACGCCCCUGCACCGCAGGUGCUACAGGGGCAGGCCCAUACCGACGCCGUCAAGUACGAGCUACGUCGCAUGGCCAUGAGCCUCGGCGACCACUUAAACUUUGCCAACAAUUACCUUGCUGGCCUUCCCAUCCGACGCGGCAGCACAAUACGUUUGGAACCCUCUCGUGAGGCGUCGUAG